UGCUCUUCAGUCGCCACACUCCCACUUGAGCACGAGCCCACACUGGCACACAUCCCACAGCCACCAGGUGCUGCGACCAUGGAAAAAGCGAGCAGCUCCUCCAUGGCCUCCCCAGUCCGCUCACCGCCACCGGAGCCGGCGACCGAGGCACAACCACCUCCUCCUUCGUCGCCCUCAUCACAGCUUCUGGCUGCCGAUCCCUCUCUCCUCUCGCCGGAUAACCCAACCCCAGCUCCUCCCCUUCCUGCCGCACCUACAAUUACUGCUCCGCCGCCGGAUGGCGCCGGCGAUUCCUCUCCACCGUCGCCUCCCUCGUCCCCAGAGGCUCCAACGCAUCCACCACUUUCCACCACCGAUCCUUCUCCUCCCCUCCCUCGCGUGAAUCAAACAUCAGCGCCGCGGCGGGCGCCCCCUCCCCCUCCCGGUCCGGUUCCCGCUCUAGCGCCACCACCUCCACCAACACCGGUGUCUCCGGAAGCUAAACCGGAGCAGGAGGCAGAUGAAGCUCCCGGCGAAUCGGAGAACAUGACGCUAGCUCUUGCGCCGACCCAAAACGAAGCAGUGAUGCCGCCGACGCCACAGAAGGACGCGGUCAUGGCUGAAUCCCCGACCGGAUCUCCGCAGAAGGAGUCAGCCCUGACAGUAGCGAAGCUCCUCUCGGCCGAGGACCCCGCGGCAACGGAUGCCAAGCCGGUCGUCGACAAGGUAGCACCUGCGGUAGUCACCGAGUCAGUCGCCAGCGGCGGCGGGGGCAGGGGCGGAGGCAAAAUCGGAGUGGGCUCCAAGAGAUGGCUCCUUAGCGGGGUCCCAGAUAAACUACGGCGCUCUGAGCUGAAGAGGGCUGAGCUAGGGUUUAGGGUUUCAGCUGUCGUGUUCUGCUUGAUCUCGCUCUCUGUCAUGUCGGCUGGCACUACGCCGGGCUGGGCUGGCGACUCCUUCCGCCGCUACAACGAAUACAGGUACACGCUUGCUGCGAGCGUGAUGGCUUUUACAUACUCGGGGUUCCAAUUGGUUGCAGAAGUGCACUACCUUGUCACGGGGAGGCGCAUAAUUGGAGGCUCCUGGGGCAACUACUUCAAUCUCGCCAUGGAUCAGGUAUUGGCUUACCUGCUGCUGUCAGCGUCUUCAGCAGCGCUUUCUCGCAAUGAUGUUUGGGUAUCUAGAUUUGGUGUGGAUCAAUUCGCCAAACUUAUCAAUGCCUCAGGCUCAAUGGCGUUCUUAGCUUUCAUUGCUCUUGGUCUGAGCUCCAUCAUCUCUGCACAUCGUCUAUUCAGCUCAAUCUCUUAAACCUGUCGUGUGCAUUACUGAUGUAAAUAUAAUGAUGCUAUAGAUGUACGUUAGGCAUGCCAGCCUUGAUUUUCCUUUCUUUGUGGCUUGUCACUUGUGCGACCCUUAUUCUCUGCAACUUAUGUAGUUAUGUUCCUGAUUGUGUCGCAACAAUACAUUGAAUUCAAGGCAGGAUGUUCGAAAACCGGUGGAUGUACCGAGUAUACGAGCUUACCAACUGAGGGCCCUAUUCUUCUGUAAUAAAAUGUUAUAGAGACAUAAUAAGGGAUUAAAAUUUAAAA